AUGGCAUCCGUCACGUCUCGGACGCUGAACGGCGUGGUCGUGUCCGCGGGGAAGAUGCAAAAGACGGUCAAAGUGCGCAUCGCGGCGCAGGAAUGGAACAAGCACAUCCGCAAGCACCUCCCAGCCCCCUACACGGUGCUAGUGUCCGACCCCUCGUCCUCCGUCCGCGAAGGCGACAUCAUCGCCCUCGCCUCAGGCUGGCGCGCCUCCAAAACAGUCCGACACGUCGUAACCUCCAUCAUCGCGCCCUUCGGGCCUCCGCUCUCGGCCCGGCCCGCCUUGCCCACCGAGGCCGAGCGCAUGGCCGCGCGCACCGCGAAGCGCGUCGAGAAGGAUGUGCGGCAGGCUGCUAGGGGCAGGCUGGCCGUGCUCGCGCGGAUCGCGGAGGCGAGGCGGGGGUUAGGGAAGGGGAGUGGCGGCGUGGGAAGGGGGGCCGAAGGGGCGGUGGGUGAGAUUGGGGAGAAGGGAGACGGGGCGGUGGAAGAGGGAAGGGUGAAGAGGGAUCGGCGGAGGGAGAGGGUCGCGGCUGCGGCGGAGGUGCUGGGCCUUGAGUUCGAGGAGGCGAUGGUGGAGCCGGAGACGGCGAAGACGCUGCUGAGUAGGGCGGCGGCGCAGAUUUGGUGGAAGGCGCGCAUGGAGAAGCAGUUUGCGACACGGGAGAAGGGGAGCGUGAGAGCUGCGUUCGAGGGGGCGGUCCAGCUGGAGAGCGUGGAGGAGGUGGAGCUUGGGGAGGUGCCGGAGGGUGGGCUGCCUGAUGGUGGGCAUCCUAUCGGGAACAGUGGGGAUAGGGCGAGGAAGAACGCGAACAAGGCUGUGAGGAUGGAGGAGAAGGCGGUGGAGAACGAGAGGCAGGCUGAGGAGGUGGAGGAGCGGUUGGGGAAAGAGCCUGAGAAGAGGUCGUAG